AUGACCAUCCAAGCUGCCUACGACUUCUACUGGCGCUUUGACCAGUAUGAUCACCUAUCACAGAGCGAUCUCAUAUCUACACUCAUUACUGCUGGUUGUUCGGCCACGAUCGCACUAGAAUCGAAGCCUGAACUCAUCGCAAGAAAAGUCAGGCUUGACCGUGGCCUGCUCUUAUACGAGAACUGCACCGAUGAAGAGCUUCAACAGCUCGUGAGACGCAGGCUUCUGCAACCUAUGGAAUCUGCCUACAAAGCCUGUGGUCUACCAAGGCACGACAUUGUGGACCUGAGGAAGUGGUGGCAUGACGGAAUGAUUAAGAAAUUAGAGGACGCCGAUGCGACUGGAUUCGGCAAAUUCCUGGACCUCCCCCCUGAGCUCAGGAGUCGUGUCUACAAAUUCUACGUCGGCAGUUUGCCAGCAGUACUGAGCUGUCCGUCUCAGCCUCCAUUGGCUCGUACCUGUAACCUCAUCAGGAACGAAGUCCUUCCGAUUUUCUACGGCCACCACACUUUUGAGCUACGCUACACCCACCCUGGUCGUGGGUGGGCACACAUCCGCCCCAUGACACACAUCCGCCCCACGAUUGAUACGCGGCUGUUUCUACACAGUAUACCCAUUGGGCAGGUUGCAAACCUCCGACACCUGCGUAUAGGCUUCUCCACUCUUGAGUUCCCUUCUGAACUUGGGAUUCUACAAGCUGGCUCGAUUAUGUUCAACGUCAACCUAUCGAGACCGGCAGGUAACUCGAAGUGCACAUUGACCGCAAGUACAAAAAAUUUGUCAACCCAUGCUAUGCUUAAGCAUCUCGAGCAAAUGCUGAAGAAGACGGAAGAGAGUGAUGGCCGCAAAACCUUCAGGAUGAGCGACAUCAAAGCUAUCGGGACCGCCCUCGAAGAGGGGUGGGCUGAAAGACACAAGCCCGUAUGA